AUGCUGAUUAGUGGCAACCCUCACAAUGCUUGCUACAACUCAGCCAAGAAGUUGUUGCGUGAAAAGUUCAAUUUCAAACACUGGACUCACAUUCCUGAACGUGAGAAGCUUGAUUUUUGUGGAUGUUCGUUUGUGAAAACCUCCUAUGGCUAUCAUCUUGGACAGCCUGACUACUUCAGCAAGAUCAAGCCCAUCACCAUCGACCCGAAGCGUCGAGACUCUGCAAUGGCCACACAGAAUGAGGUUAGUGCUCUCCGAGCGGUGCUUGGUGCGCUUCAAUGGCCCAGCACUCAAACUGCCCCUCAACUUGGUGCAACAGUCUCUCAUGCAAACAAAGCCCUAAAAAAUUCCAACGUGAACAAGGAUGUUGGACUCCAAUUUCGUCCACUUGGUCAGAUUUCAGAUAUGGUUUUGGUUGCAAUGAGCGAUGUCUCUUGGGGAAUUCGACGUGAAGGCCACAGCCAAGGUGGUUACCUUCUCAUGCUUGCUCCGAAAGAAAUCCUGGAUGGUGAAACCACCAACUACAUCAUUUUGGAUUGGAGAAGUUUUCGUUUGCCCAGGGUGUCCCGAAGCUCUUUGAACUCUGAAUCUCAAGCAUGCGCAGCUGCAAUGGAUAGUUUGGAAUAUACCCGAGCACUGAUCCAAGGAUGUCUCAAUGCUGACUACACCCUGCAGUCUCCUGGUGAAUGGGUGAUCAGCAAAACAGCUUUAGUGGUUGAUGCAAAAGCUCUGUACGAUUCAAUUCGUGCAGAAGUUCCUCAGCUUUCGGGUGACAAACGAACCAAGAUUGAGGUGAUGAUUGUGAAAGAAAAGAUGCAAGAGUGCCAAACACUUUUGCGAUGGGUUUCAAGUGAAGCACAGUAUGCUGAUGGCAUAACCAAACCCUCAGCACGUCAGUUGCCCACUGGCCGCCUUAGAAUUCACAUGUUCAAAUUGCAAGCAGAUGAAGAUUUUGUUGCAGCAAAGAAGAAAACACAACAACAACGAGAAGCAACUGCCCGCAAGUUUGCCCUCUCAAAAUCUGCUUGCAAAGUAGGUGGUUUAGCUCAUUUGAUUUUCAUCUCUCACAUCAUGCCCGUGACCGGUUUUUCCUCUGAUGAAGCUUCAUGGUCCGACGAUGCAAUGCGCCUAUUUGAACCAAAGCGCGUGGCCUUUCGCCUUGCCAAGCGCAAUCAGAGCGUUCAGUGCGAGAUUGAGUAUGAUGAGAUGUCUCACAUAUCCUAUCAACUACACCUUGAACAAGAAGACAAGGCGAGACUGGAAGAUAGCUUCAAAAGGGAAAUCGAAACACUGGAAAGCUAUGCGCAGGUGAUGAAAGAUACAAGCGAAACAAACAAAGAGGAUGCCAACAAGUUCUUAAGUCAGCUCAAAACUCUCAAAGUACGUCUUCAAGAUGUUGAACAAACUCUGACGGCAAAGAUUCAAGAAGUGAUUGAACUGGAACGGCAGAUCUACCAAGUUCAAGAUUCUCUGGAUCGAGCAAACCAAGCCAAUAUCGAGUUCCGCAGAGAGGUCUACGCGAUCAACAAGGCGAAUCGCUUCCACCUCUUCGAUGAUUGCAACGUACUGAUGCAAGCACGACCCAUCACUAUGUACAUCUGCAAAGAAUGCCAAGUGCGACGAGAAAGCGAGAAUGCCGAGAUGGGUCAGUAUCAGCACGGUUGGCGCUGA